UGGCUAUGGAGGGCAGCUGAUCCUGCUCUACAGCUGCAUGACUUACAUCGUUAUUCUGUCCUGGGCUCUCUUUUAUCUGCUGUUCUCCUUUAGCUCCCAGCUGCCCUGGAGCACCUGUGACAACGACUGGAACACUGUGGAUUGUGUGGACUUCAAGACAAAGAAUCACACUUUGGGGGGCAGCAACCACACCAACGGGACAUCAGCAGCUACAGAAUUCUGGGAACGUAGAGUGUUGAACAUAUCAAGGGGCAUUGAUGAGAUCGGAAGCAUCAGGUGGGAGGUGCUUCUGUGCCUCAUCGGUAUGUGGAUCAUAUGUUACUUCUGCAUCUGGAAAGGAGUUAAAUCUACCGGAAAGGUUGUGUAUUUCACCGCAACCUUCCCGUAUGUCAUGCUGCUCAUCCUUUUGAUCCGUGGAUUAUCUCUUCCUGGAGCCAGACAAGGGGUGGUGUUCUAUCUUCUGCCAGAAGUGUCGCGACUCACGGACCCUCAAGUAUGGAUGGAGGCCGGCGCCCAGAUUUUCUUCUCAUACAGCAUUGGUGUGGGCACUCUCAUUGUAUUGGGCAGCUAUAACACUUACGACAACAACUGCUACAAAGACUCCUUGUGGCUGUGUUUACUCAACAGUGGUACCAGUGUGGUGGCUGGCUUCGCCGUCUUCUCUGUGCUGGGGUUCAUGGCUCAUGAACAGGGAGUUCCCAUUGCAGAAGUAGCCGAGUCGGGUCCAGGCUUGGCGUUCAUUGCUUACCCUCAGGCGGUGGCCAUGAUGCCGCUGCCUCAACUGUGGUCCAUCUGCUUCUUCUUCAUGAUCCUGCUCCUGGGCCUGGACACACAAUUUGUUGCAAUGGAGGUGGUGAUGACGUCCGUCGUGGACAUGUUUCCCACAGUGAUGCGCCGGGCAGGCAGGCGGGAACGUUUCCUCCUCCUCUUUUGCCUCAUAUGUUUCUUCUCCCAGCUCAUCAUGAUCACAGAUGGAGGGAUGUAUUUCUUCCAGGUAUUCGACUACUACGCCUGCAAUGGAGCCUGCAUCCUCUUUCUGUGUGUGUUUGAAAGCUUGGCAGUGGGCUGGAUAUUUGGAGCAGAGCGGCUGUACGACAUCAUCGACAACAUGACGGGCGAGCGAGCCAACCCUUUCUUCAAAAUCUGCUGGUGCUACAUCACCCCCAUCAUUUCGCUGGGGACUUUUAUAUGUUCACUAGUCAAAUACCAGCCUCUGACCUUCAAUCGCUGGUACGUGUACCCAACGUGGGCCUACAUGGUGGGCUGGGUGCUGGCCCUUUCUUCCAUCCUGCUGGUUCCGGGCUGUGCGCUGUACAAGCUGAGCACCAGCAGUGGAACCUUCUAUCAGCGUUUCCAUCGUCUGUGCCGGCCCGAGCAGCCUGACCACUCGGUGACCCGAAAAAAUGAGACGGUACUGCAACCCAUCACUGAUGAGUAUCUGGAAUGAGUCACAGGAAGACAAGCACAAUGUAUCCCACUGGAUAUCCUACUAUUGUUUAUAUUAUCUAUGUAUGCCAUUAAUUUAAUGCACGUGCAAGGACAGAAAGCAUACAUUGUGGUGCACUUUUAAUCAGUGAAAAUCAUAUUCUCCAUGAAUCAACUUGAUAUUUUGCCCAAAUGUGAAAUAAAACAGUGGCCUACACAAUUUUAGACACCAUACUCUCACAGUGUGUGCU